GAAUAAAUCGGACGGCCAAGAGAGUCGCGUGAUUUGAAAGCCAUAUGACAGACCACGCUCUUCCCAAAUAAAUAACCCGCAGCUCUUCUCUGAGAACCAAACCCUCGCAAUCCUUUCCAAAACUCUCGCGAAGAAGGAAACCAAUGGCGCUCCCGAACCAGCAGCAGGUGAAUUACCCUAACUUCAAGCUUGUCAUCGUAGGUGAUGGCGGGACAGGGAAGACCACCUUUGUGAAGAGGCAUCUGACUGGGGAGUUUGAGAAGAAAUAUGAACCUACCAUUGGUGUUGAGGUUCAUCCUUUGGAUUUCCACACCAAUUGCGGGAAGAUCAGGUUCUAUUGCUGGGAUACGGCGGGGCAGGAGAAGUUUGGAGGGCUUAGAGAUGGAUAUUAUAUCCAUGGACAAUGCGCCAUUAUUAUGUUUGAUCCUUAUUUAUAUAAUCUUACUAAAAUUCACAAAUUAUUUUAUUUAAAAUUUGAUUAUUACAAAACACAUUGCAGGGAUCCAAAUCUUCACUUUGUUGAGUCUCCAGCCCUUGCUCCUCCUGAAGUCCAUAUUGAUCUUGCUCAACAACAACUCCAUGAGAAAGAGCUUAUUGAUGCAGCUGCUCAACCUCUACCCGAUGAUGAUGAUGAAUCAUUUGAUUAAAUGAAACUUCUCUACCCUAUGUAAGGUUAUAAUAGAUGAUAUAUAUGCAUCAAUUAUGAUCUUUUAGGUUUUGCAGCGUUUAAUAGAGACAUAUUUGCAGUUGGCUACCGCUUUUUUUUUCAGCUCAUUUGUAAUUCAGAUUAGUGGUUUUGAAUGAGAACUGUUGUUCUAAAAACAUUUCAGCAUUCAUAUCUUUAGAAUGAACGGGUUUUGUCCUGA